AUGGCGUACCCUCUGGACAUGGCCACCGACGACUUCAGCCCGCCUCCACGGACGGGCCUCGAGCCCAACGGAAAUGUCGUGGUGGACUCGUACCGACAGGACAUCAUGAAUGGUUUUGAGCAGGCUGCGCCGGCAUAUAAUUCGAUGAACCCGGGGCGGCCGCAGAGCUCUGUCAUGGUCGACCUGAAAGACCCGAUUCAAAUCCACCUCCUCACCGAGACGGCCCUUUCGGAUAGCAAGGAAUUCGAGAUUCUGUCCCAGGAGGAGAUUGAUGGAUUGAAGAAGCUGGUACAAACCCUGACCAAGCGGAUAGAGUCGACCAGGUCGAACCUCUUAAUCCAGGCCAAGUACCGAGAUGCGGCAAACUCGAUGGCCAAGCUCUAUAAUCCUUCGGAUGGCGAGGACCCGGAUCAGGAACACAGCAUGCGCGAGGCUGAGGAGGAGCGGAGGGUGACCCAGCAGAGAUGCGAGGACCUCGCCGCGGAGCUCUUUUACCUCGAGAAGCGGCUUAUGGAGCCCAAGAGCCGGUUGCUGGAGCACACGGCAGGUAUUCUUCAAUUGACGCAUAAAGCAUCCAAGAAGAAGGCGACGGCGAACGGCCAGCCUCUAAACGGUGUUCCCGGCAGCCCGGAGAGCCUUUAUACGUAUACCCAGGGCCGGGAUAGCCUGUACGGGCCAGACGGGUUUUACACCGACGAUACCAGCUUCGAGGAAUUCGAGCGCGGGAACGCCAAGGCCCUCAACAACCCGCUUGAGAUUCCCAUGAAGUCACCGAUCCGCGAACAACAGAGUCAGCUUAAGGAGGAACUUGAUCGCUCCCGGGAAGAAAACACAUAUCUCAUGGGCUCCAUUUCCGACAUGGAAAAGAGACUGGAGGAUCUCAACAGCUCACUCAGGGACACCAUCAUUCGAUUCAACCCGGAGCACAAUGCCGAAUUUCUCCCCCCUCCCAGGUCAGCCGCGCCGAACGGUUCUGAUCCUUCCGAGUUUCUCAGGGAGCAGUUUGACUAUCUCGAAACUGCGUUGGAAGCAAUUGAAGCAGAGCAGCAGACUCUUCUGGAUGAGUUACAUGGAAAUGAGAAUGGAAUUGAGAACAUUGGCAGCAGCAAUGUGGAGGCAACUCUGACGGAGCUAUGGAACAUGAUUCAUAAUGGAUACACCGACAUUCGAAAGCGACAGGAGGACCGACGAAGAGCGAGGGCGGACAAAGGCUUGGAGGAUGACGAGGACAUCUCAGAUGACGAAGGUAUCGAUUUAUCGGAAUCAUACACGCUGUUUGGCUUUUCGUCCAGGGUACGCUGGCUCUACCGGCAGGCGACUGUGCUUAAGGAUCAGAAGUCGGUGCUCAAGAGACAGAUCAAGCAGCAACGCGAGCUCAACAACAAGUCCGAUGCUGAGAAGGAUGCCGAGCUUGCCCAGAAGCAGGAGGAGCUUGAUCAAAGCCAUAUCCUCAUUUCCCGGGCUGAGAAGGACGCCAUGGAUGCUCAGCAGAUGCUUUCGGAGGCUUUGGAAGAGCUCGAGCAGGCUCGGGAUACAUCACGCGGUGCUGGGGAUGCGCAAGCUGAGCUCAAGGAGCGGGCUGCCAGGACUGAAGCGUUGGAAGCCAAACUCAAAGAGUUGCAGCAGAGCCUUGCCGAAUCUGAGGCUGAUAGCCAGGCUACUCAGCAGCGGUUGGUACAGGUUGACUCGUCCAUCACCACGCUAAGUGAAGCCCUGGAUGAUGCUACGGAGGCAGCUGCCCAGUCCCAUGCCAAGUCUGAGCACUUGCAGCAGGAGCUGAGGCAGAAGCAGGAGGAGAUUGCAAAGGCGCAGGAGAUGGUUGCGCAAGCACAGCAGGAAAUUGCUCAAGCACAAGACGAAGCUCGGCAAGCGCUGGAAGAGGCAGAGCAGGCGCAGGAAGAGGCAGAGAAGGCACAUGAAGAGGUGGAGAAGGCUCAAGAGGAAGCAGAGCAAGCAUACAAUGAAGCAAAACAAGCACAGGAAGCAGUGAAGCAUAAGGAAGAGGAGAUCAAGAAAAAAGACAAGGCUCUCAAGGAGAAGGAGGAAGAGUUCGACAUGCUCAAUAUGUCAUAUGUGGAGCUGAAGACCGAGGUCACGAUUGCCCGCGCUGAGCUAGAUGGCGCUUACGGAACGCGAGCUGAGCGAGCAGCUGAUGUGGCAGCCGUCAGGGCGAACGGCCAGAUCGAUAAGCUCGAAGCCCAAGUCAAGAAGCUCAAAUCAGAACUGGCGGAGACCGUCAAGGAACUCGAGGAGGUGACCAAGGAGACGAUUGGGUCCGAAAGAGAGAAGACGGAAUUGGAAGGCAAGUUGGACGAAGCCAUCUCCGUCAGAAUGUCACUGGAAACAGACCUAUCCAAUCUGCGGGAGAGGCUGGAUGUCGAGCUUCAGAAAUCUACCGAUAAGCUUGCACAGCUUCAGGAUGAACUUGAUGGCGAGAGACUGAAAGCCAGCCGGGGAGACGCAUCUGCCCGACCAGGUGCCGGUGCAUCGAUGCUCAGUGAGAAGUUCAGAGCCACAAUGCGUGAGGAGAGGAAGAAGUUCCAGGAAGAUAUCAAGGAGGAACGCGCAAAGAUCCGCAAGCUGGAAGAGGAAUUGUCAAAAUUAAAACGAGCUCAAGGCCCAGGCAAGAGUCCCCUCAGUCCUCGAUAA